AUGUCACCCGCUUUGCAGAAGGGCAACUUCAAGCUGCUCCAACAGUUCAAGCCUGACUACUCCGCCAGUGAAUUCACCGAAUAUGAGUCUCAACGCACAGGAAUGCGUGUUGUGGUCAUUGACCAGAAGGGCCCUAAAGUAAACGGCUACUUUGUUCUUGCUACAGAAAUCCACGACGACUCGGGCGCCCCCCACACGCUGGAGCAUCUGUGUUUCAUGGGCUCUCGCAACUAUCGCUACAAGGGUUUCCUGGACAAGCUGGCUACUCGAGUGUACUCAAGCACAAAUGCUUGGACUGCCACAGACCAUACCGCGUACACCCUCGAUACAGCGGGCUGGGAAGGAUUUGCUCGAAUCCUGCCUGUCUACUUGGAACAUGUGAUUGCCCCAACGCUCACAGACGAGGGCUGCUACACGGAAGUGCACCAUAUUGACGGCUCUGGAAAUGAUGCCGGCGUGGUAUACUCCGAGAUGCAAGGAGUGCAGAACAAUGCUGCCGAACUGAUCGACUUAGCAGCCCGACGUGCCACAUAUCCCCCAGGAGUCGGAUUCCGAUAUGAGACUGGUGGUAUGAUGGAACAACUUCGUGUGCUGACCGCUGAAAGGAUUCGUGAGUUCCAUCGCGAGAUGUAUCAGCCCAAAAAUCUCUGUCUCGUAAUCACGGGUGAAGUCGAUCAGGCCAACAUGCUCGAGAUUCUGGAUAAAUUCGAAGAUACCAUAUUGGACGUGAUUCCCAGCCCCGACGCCCCCUUCAAGAGGCCAUGGGUGGACUCAAAGCAAGUUUUGUCACUUGAGAAGACGAUUCUUCAGAAAGUUGAGUUCCCGGAAGAGGAUGAGUCGUUUGGUGAAAUCGAGAUUCGCUUCCUCGGCCCAGACUGCAACGACUCAAUGCAAUCUGGCGCUCUCAACGUCGCGCUCCUGUAUCUGGCCGGAUCGUCCGCGUCUUUGCUUGAAAACACCAUUGUGGAGAAAGAGCAAAUUGCCAGUGCGGUUUAUUACGCCACAGAGGACCACCCCAGCAUUGAGAUUCGAUUCACUUUGACCAGUGUUGAGACUGCGAAGCUUGAGAAGGUCGAGAAGAGGUUUUUCGAGAUUCUCAAGGAUGCGAUGAAGAAGCCUCUUGACAUGAAGUAUCUUAGAGAGUGCAUCGACCGUCAGCGCCGGACCUGGAAGUUCUCCACCGAGAACUCAGCCAACUCGUUCGCGGAGUACGUGAUUACAGAUUUCUUGUUUGGAAAGCGAGAUGGCUCGACUUUGAGGGAUGUUGCAUCAUUGAAGGAAUACGAUGCCCUCGAACACUGGAACGAGGAACAGUGGCGGUCUUUUAUCAACAAGUGGAUCGCUGACGCCAAUCACGUUUCUGUCCUUGGAUACCCAUCCCAGAAGCUGUCGGGUAAGCUGAAGGCUGAUGAAGAAGCGCGCGUGACCGCUCAAAAGGAGCGCCUUGGCGAGCAGGGAUUGAAGGAGCUGGCAGAAAAGCUCGAGAAGGCAAAGGCCGAGAACGACAAGGAAAUUCCUGAGGAGGUGCUUGCUCAAUUUGCUAUCCCGGGUACUGACUCGAUUCAUUUCAUGAAUACCACCACGGCCCGAUCAGGUGCCGCACUCAAGGCUGGUCGCCCUGAGAAUCAGGUCCAGAAAGUGGUUGAUGCCGAUGAUGCCGGUCAGCCUCUUUUCAUUCACUUUGAGCAUAUUCCAAGCAGCUUCGUGCAGCUGUCUGUUCUUAUCUCUGCCGAAUCGGUUCCACUACAGCUUCGCCCUUUGCUCUCCAUCUACACUGAGGCGUUCUUCAAUAUUCCCGUCCUCCGCGAUGGCAAGACAAUCAAUUUCGAGCAGGUCGUGGUGGAGCUGGAGAAGGACACAGUUGGUUACAACAUGAGCACUGGAAGAGCACUUGGAAACUCGGAGAUGCUGCGUCUGUCCUUCCAGGUGGAACGGGAGAAAUACGAAUCCGCCAUUGCCUGGUUGCAGGAGCUGUGCUGGAACUCGAUCUUUGAUGCCGAAAGACUUCGUGCCAUCACGACUCGUCUUCUAGCUGACGUCCCCGAUUCCAAGCGUAGCGGCGAUGAUAUGCUUGCAGCGGUCCAUGUCAUGGUUCAUUAUGACCAGGAGUCGAUUGCCCGAGCCCGGUCUACUCUGGUCAAGGCUCGCUACUUGAAGCGCGUGAAACGUCUUCUGGCUGACAAGCCGGAAGAAGUCAUUGAACGCAUGGAGCAAAUCCGCAAAUCCCUGUUCCAGCCUGACAACAUUCGAGUCAUCGUGAUUGCCGAUCUCGAAAAGCUGGAGCGUCCCGUUUCCGCGUGGAAACCUUUCACCGAGCGUUUGGGAGUCAGCGAGACCCUGAAGCCUAUCACUGAUCGUCGCUCUCUCUUGAGCGAGGCUGGCAAGAAGAUUGGAGGCCAUUCUUACAUUGUGCCCAUGCCAACCGUGGACUCAUCAUAUGCUUAUGCAACUGCUCGGGGUCUUGAUUCCUACGACCACCCCAAGCUGCCCGCCCUACUGGUGGCUAUCGCAUACAUGAAUGCCGUUGAAGGCCCGCUUUGGGUUGCUGUUCGUGGCAAGGGUCUUGCAUACGGUACCAACUUCGCCUACAACAUUGACACUGGAUUCGUUAACUUUGACGUGUACCGAUCGCCCAACGCCCACAAGGCCUUUGAAUCGAGCAAGCAGAUUGUUGAAGGGCUCUUGUCUGGUGCCAGUGCCUUUGAUCCCCUCAUGCUCGAGGGUGCGAUCAGCAGCAUUGUAGUGGGUUACGCCAACGAGCAGAUGACCGCGGUCAGUGCGGCUCAAGGCAGCUUCAUCCGUCAAGUUGUGCGCAACUUGCCCAGCGAUUAUAAGGAGAAGAUGCUCAAGAAGGUGCGGGAUAUCAGCGUUGAUGAGGUCAAGGGAGCUCUGCGGGAGAUCAUCUUGCCAUUGUUUGACGCGAAGACUGCCAAUCUUGUCGUGACUUGCGGCACUGUUCUUGAGGAGAAUUUGCGAAAGGGCUUUGAGUCGGUAGGAUUCACCCCGGUUGUCCAGCCUCUCAAGGACUUCGAGGAUGACUACGGUCUGAAGCUCGGCGACGAGGACGAGGACGAGGAAGAUGAGGAUGAUGAGGAUGAUGAGGAUGACGACGAAGAUGAUGAAUCUGGCUCCGAGGAUGACAGUGAUGAAGACGACGAAUAA